ACUGCUGUGCGGUGCGUUCCCCUGCUGUGCUGCGCGCUCUGAGAGAGUAGCCGGACCUUCCGUGCUUAGCACGAGAGCGCACAAGGGUGACACAACCUGCAGCAGCAACGGACGGGGUGUGCGCGCGAUAGGUGUGUCGCUGUCGGGUCAUGAUGCGACCACCUCUCGCGCGGAGCGCGGGGGCGGGGUACCUCCUCUCUUGUAGGCGGCGCUGCCGCCCUCCACCGUCCUUCCCCUCUUCAUUCACUGGGGGGACGCCUCCAGAGGCUGCUGCUAAGAGCAACGGCGUCGCGACGAGGGGCUGGAGCUCCUCGGGAUUUGCUACGCCGGGGGGCGAUGCCAGUGCCGCCGAGGUGCCAGGCCUGCCGUCCGCGUUUCCGUGGCGAGAAGCCCCGGAUAAUCGGGGCGUGAGGGGGCUCGUGGAACGGGCGAUGUACUCGGUGAUGCAGCACCAGCACCGGAGGUUCUUGCGCGCUGCUACCAAGCUGGAUGAUGCCGAUGAUGAUGCCUUUCUGCGUGCGGCAGAAAUGGCCUUCGUCCAGGUGGCCGCGGGGGUCUUCCAGAUGCCAGCGCACCAGGUUAUCGCACCCCUCGCCGACGGGGAGGGGGAUGAAGGAAAGUCGUCUUCGGAAUCGGGAGACCGGGGGAGGAGAAGGGAUGGUCUGCCGGUGUGGGAUAUUCCAGAAGGGGCCUUGGUCGAUCCGCGCGACGUCAUGCACAAGGAUCUCGCAGACUUUUACGUACAGGCCGCUGUGGCGGCAAAGGUGUCGAGGAGCACGCCGUUCUACCGGCUGCACGGGUUGAGGUCCUGCGAAAUUUCGAACGUCAACGUGCUCUGGGGUGCUCAGAGAGGCGACCUGCCGGAAGAAGGAGAGACGAUAGAAAUCUGGGGUUCCAAGUACGUGCUGAAAUCAGUGCUCGAGGACAUCAAGGCGAUAUCCAGAUAUCGUGUGAGCAAGGACCGAGACGUGCUCGACAAGCCCUUGUCCUCGAUCCGGAAGACCACGGUGCAGGUGGACGUGGACAUCGGCUGUACCGAGACGUUCUUCGUCUCCGACGAUCGGACGGAGGAGAUUGUGCAAGGGAGUAAGGCCUUCGCCGUCCGCAAGCAUCGGCUCCGUCUGGAGUCGUCUCCUUUUUUAAAGCGCGAUUUCCAGUGGUCGGUGGUGGAUUUAGACGACUGGAUGAAGGGCAACACGUUCUGGUGAAUGGAGGCUCACCCAAUGGCUUCGCCUCUCGCUUAUACGCUUGCUUGAUUCAGCGCCACUGAGGAAAGCGGCACGCCUCUCGUUAGCGUGUGUGUAGGGAUGGGGUCGUAUCCCAAGCUGUAGUUCACUGGCGACCGUUUUGUGUGUUCGUUUUGCCGAGAUGUACACGCAUGCAUACGAUGCGAUUAUUUUUGUGAUCCAGAAACCCGACCGCUGUCAACCGCUGUGUCGCGGAAGCAGUCCCUUCUUUUUUUGCUUCUGGUACGAAAGGGUCGCCUGAUGUUCAGCUGUAUUCGGAUUCUUCACGCACUGCGGCAGCUCCUUCCCUUGC